GCGCGAGGUUCGUGGGCGGUUCUGGGCGGGCCCUCACCUGAUAUCUUUGGAAGGCUCCGCUGAGUGUCAAGUUUUCGAGGUCGUCUCAGGUGAGGUGGUCGUGCCGGAAGUGGUUGUGCGGCGCGCCUGGGUGUUGAAAGAAAUCUACGGGAGGAGCUUUAGUCCUUCAAGGGGGCGCGGCACCAGUAGGAGCUCUUCGCGGCCCCCGCAACAGCCAUGGCGAAAGGCAGAGUCGCUGAUCGUUCGCCGACCGAGAUGUUGCACUCGACACCAGCCGGGGACCGGGCAGUGAGGACCCAGGGUUCCCCCGCGCCUGGCAGCAAAGAUCAUCUGAAAGAAAAGCCUUGUGCAGAAGCUGGAUCAGCAAGAACAUCCCUCCUUAUACUGGUGUCCAUUUUUUCAUGUGCAGCUUUUGUUAUGUUUUUGGUAUAUAAAAAUUUUCCUCAGCUUAGUGAGGAAGAGAGGGUGAAUAUGAAGGUUCCGAGAGAUAUGGAUGACGCCAAGGCUCUAGGAAAAGUUCUCUCCAAAUAUAAGGAUACCUUUUAUGUACAAGUAUUGGUUGCUUAUUUUGCUACAUAUAUUUUUUUGCAAACAUUUGCUAUCCCAGGUUCCAUAUUCCUCAGUAUACUCUCCGGGUUCCUUUAUCCCUUCCCACUUGCCUUAUUCCUUGUUUGUUUGUGCUCCGGACUUGGUGCCUCAUUCUGCUACAUGCUCUCCUACUUAGUUGGAAGACCCGUUGUAUACAAAUACCUAACAGAGAAGGCAGUGAAAUGGUCACAGCAGGUAGAGCGUCACAGAGAACAUCUCAUUAACUACAUUAUAUUUUUGAGGAUCACACCGUUUCUUCCUAAUUGGUUUAUUAAUAUUACAUCUCCUGUGAUAAAUGUACCAUUGAAAGUGUUUUUUAUUGGCACUUUUCUAGGCGUUGCACCUCCUUCUUUUGUAGCAAUCAAGGCAGGAACAACUCUGUACCAGCUUACAACAGCGGGGGAAGCUGUUUCCUGGAACUCCGUAUUUAUUCUGAUGAUUUUGGCUCUUCUUUCUAUCCUGCCAGCCAUCUUCCAAAAAAAACUAAAGCAGAAGUUUGAGUGAAAAGUCAUGGCUUUUCGUUUACCACCACCAUCACUCCUGCCACCACCACUGUCAUCUCAGGAUUAGCAGGUGUAUUCAUGUUAUGUUUGGACAUUACCUCUUCAGUCACUGAAAGAAGGACUUGUAAAGUAAAAUAGCCCAUGAGAGACAACACAACGCACAUAUGGGAGAACAGAAGUUGGUACCCUAGGAGAAGUGCUGUCACCUGCAUCUGACCUGUGAGAAUCACUGUUCCAGGGUUGGCUCUGAGACAUCACUCAUUGUCUUGGUUUGGAAUUCUUACUCUAAAUGAUUCAUUUGAAGUGUUUCCUCUUACAUCUGACUAAUGACUAAAAUCGUGAACUCAGGUACAGUGGAACAUACUUAUAACUCCAGCUCGGGAGACUAAGGCUAGCUGUGAACGUCACAAGACACCCUGUGUUAAAGUAAAAUAAGGAACGGUGAAGAUAAUAAAAUAAAAAUUCAGAGCACAAACCAAAUACUUGAAGCAAAAAUGAGUUUUUCAUUUUCUUUCUCUUUUCAGACAGCACUUUCCAUAGGCCAGUGUAUGCAGCAAUGAUGGGUUAUUUAAGUUUUCCUUGGAAAUUUGUAUCAUGGAUUAGUCCAAUAAUUUGAAUUCUGGCCAGUCUGUUUUCAUCCUUUUUUCUAGGUUUUGCAGUAUUUCCACUAUACAUAUAGAAAAGGAGAAUUAUAUAUCUGUAUCAUAUUGGUGUUGAUAAUGUAUAUUAAGAUAAUAUUUUGUUACAGUGUCUUUAUCUCAAAGGGGGUUCUAAAGGUAAAUACUCGAAGCAUAUACUUUUUAGACAUUAUUUUAUACUGAAACAACUGACAGUAGGUAGGACAUUAGUGAUUAAAUCUAGUUUAUUUGUUUCAAUGACUGUAAAAUUUGCCUCAGAUUUGUCUGCUCAUUAAAGAAUGUAUUGUAAUUACCAUUCAUGCAUGAUACAUCUGCGAUUGCUCUGAUGACCUCCUUGGGGUAGCACUUGAUUGGUACACUUUGCCAACUGUAAAGCUUCUACUGGUGUCUCCACCAUUUCUUGGAGACUCCCUUUGGCUGCUCUUGUUCCCUGCCAGGACAGACCCAUGUAAAGCACUAAGAUCUCCAUUGGUUUGUUGAACACUUGCUUUAGUGGAGUGGGAGUCCUUGUGUCUUUAGUCUUCAAAGUCUGAUCAUCGCAAAGCCUAUUUCUCCUGCAAGAUGUGGACUAAUCCUUUUCUGUCACAGUAUUAACAUGUUACAAAUACAAGGAAGAUAAUACUGA